CGUUCAAGUCUCUCAUUUCCUCUGACGUGCGCUUGUCCUCGCCUUGGCUUGGUUUCUUGUCAUGAUCACCAUGGAUGAUCUGAUGAGCUGUGGCGGCGACACCGGCGGGGCUCCAGGCGACGGGCAGGUCACGCCCCGACGGCAGAUGGCGAUGGGCAACCAGCUGACGGUGUCCAGGAUCCGGACGGCGGUGUCCAUGCUCAAUCACCGCACCGGCCACGCGCGCUUUCGCCGCGGCCCCGUCGUCGUGCAGCAUCCGUCGGACCAGCCGCCGGGGAGCAAGCCCGCCGUGACGCGAGACAUGGCGAGGUCGUGCGAUGGGUUCAGCGCGUCGGCCUCGGCCAGCUCGUCGCUCCCGUCGACACUGACAGGCGUUACCGGCGAAGGGAGCGUGUCCAACGGCCGCCCCCAGCUCCAGCUCCCGCCUGCACGCGGCAAAGCUGCCGGCAAGCUACUGCCGCGGCCAACGCAAUCCGUUUUCGAGUACUCUUCCGGCCGGCUCGACAGCAAGUGCCACGACCGCGCGCGCUCCGAGAACGACGCCGGUGGCAGACAGCACGCCGCCCACGGCGGCCGCUGCCACUGCUCCUCCAAGAAGAGGAAAUCGCGCGUGAAGCAUACCGUCCGCGUGCCGGCGAUCAGCUCCCGGAACGCGGACAUCCCGCCGGACAACUACUCGUGGCGCAAGUACGGUCAGAAGCCAAUCAAGGGCUCGCCUUAUCCCCGCGGGUACUACAAGUGCAGCACGGUGCGCGGGUGCCCGGCGCGGAAGCACGUGGAGCGCGACCCCGGCGAGCCGGCCAUGCUCAUCGUCACCUACGAGGGCGACCACCACCACCACGACAUGGACUGACGUGCUGCCACCGCCGGCGUGCCGGAGCAUCCGACCAUUUGAGCGUUGAAGUCUCCGGCCCCUUUACGUUCCCAUUACUUGGAGCUCUCCGCGUAGUUUCUGCCUUCAGCUCUGGUCUUAGGUUCAGAGUAGCUCAUAGUGGUGUUACGUCGCCGUCGCUUGCAGAGCAAUUUAGGGGACCGAAAGAUCAGUGUUUGAAAUCUUGACCAUCAAUCUUAUCAGACCAUGCAUGUAACUUGUCAAGGCUUUGGGUUGUCGAGUGUUGUGCUACGCGUUAGUUGUUCUUUUUUUC